AUGGAAGAAGAAAUUGUUCAGAAAUUGACAUCUUUUCAACUCUCAGAUAAGGAGGCAACCGUCACAGCCCUAGACCCAAUAGACGUCCAUAACAUUGGGGCCAGGAUUGGAAGUGUAUUCAAUAAGGUCAAGAAUGUUUCCAUCCCUCACAAUGGAUGGUUAGCAGGUCACUUGGACAGGAACUGUGAAGUAAGAUCAGCAGAUAUAAUGAAUGGGAAAGUGAAGGAAGGAUUGUUUGGGGAAUGGCUGAGAGCUCCAGAUUAUCCUCAUCUUAACCCCAGUUCACCUCAUAAUGUCAAUUCAGAAUCUCCUAUACCAAGAGAUGAUAGAGAUUUGCAGCUUUGGGAGGAUUGUAAAAGAGAACUGAACAAAGACCAGCUUGAGGAGCAAUUUUGGAGGCAAAAGGCAAGAAUCAGUUGGCUUCAGAAUGGUGAUAAAAAUUCUAAGUAUUUUCAUGCCCAGACAGCUCAGAGGAGAAAAAUAAACAGUAUAACCAAAAUUCACAAAGAGGAUGGCACACCUUGUGUCACCACAGAGGAGAUCACUGGUUGUAUUGAAGAAUCUACACUCAACUCUUUACUUCUGAGGGCUCUGCAGGAGGGAAGGCACUGGAACCUAGAAACUCUCCACUCAAUUUUCUCUACACCUGAAAUUAAAGCCAUACUUACAAUCAAGGGACUUGAUCCUCAUGGAGUGGACAAGCUUGUUUGGGAUGGUACUACCUCUGAUCAUCCCCUCUCUGUCUCCUCUGUUUACUCAAGUUUGAUGGAGGGCAAAUGGACAUCUCUGGAUUUUCUUGAAAGUAGUAGAGGUCAGAAAAGCACAGCUGGAAUGAGGAUAAGAAGUUGGUAUGGGAAAUCUGGAAGGACAGAAACCUCUGGACUUUCCAGAAAAUCAGAAAACUUGAGCCAUUCAUUGUACAAACUGCUCUCAAGAACUGGGUAG